AUCAUCGGGCAAGGCGCGAAGAUAUCACCUUCCUUGGGUUGGUAGUGCGAGGAUUGGAUAGAAUGAAAUUGAAUCCAUUAGAAUACGACGAUCCCAUCUCUGGACACUCAAAUCCAUUGCUGAUUAGCAAAACCCACUUCCAAUUCGAUUACCCAUUUCACCAAUUCUUUCUUAUUCUUUGUAAUUUCUCUUCAUCUUGUCGCGAUUGCCUAUUUUAGAUUGUUGCGGUUGGAGUCCUAACGCUUCACAUUGAUUCAACCUCACGGUUCUUUUAUACCGGCCGGUUGUUGCAUCGCCCUUUACAGAUAUCUUAUUUUGUUUGUUCCCAUUUUGUUAUCUUUGAAAAAAUGAAAAACCCCUUCCUCUGCAUCUCCUCGUGAUUUGGGGUUUUCAUUUAUGAGGGAUAACAACAUGGAGUGAGGGAGCAAAUAGUUUAUUCAGUCCAAUAUACAGCAAUCUGCCGAUUGUUAUGUAGCCAAACAAAACAAUGGCAAUGUCUUUGAAGACUGUAAUGGCUAUUAAAUCUUACCAAAGUCAAACUGAUGCAUUGGUAAAGAACUACUUAUUAGCGGACCGUUUUAUCCCGUACACCUCUGUUCUUGGAGGCAUGCUUGCUUGUAAAUUGGUAUAUGAUCUUACUCAAUUAGUUAGCAAUUUUUACUUCAAGAGUUAUCUGGGUCUUACGAAAAUUCAACGAGUCGAGUGGAAUAACCGCGGUGUGUCCACUAUUCAUGCAAUAUAUAUCUCAAUUAUGUCAUUGUACUUCGUUUUCUGGUCAGAUCUCUUCUCUGACCAGCGUCACGCUAGCCUUCUUACCUUUCAAAGUUCGACGUUGUCUACGUUCAUAUUGGGGAUUUCGGUUGGAUACUUUUUGGCAGAUCUCGGAUUGAUCAUUUGGCUGUAUCCGUCUUUAGGCGGGAUGGAAUAUGUUGUCCACCACUCUCUUUCCGGGCUAGCAGUAGCAUAUUCUGUUUUUUCUGGAGAAGGGCAACUCUAUACAUAUAUGGUUCUCAUUUCAGAGAUUACAACUCCUGAGAUUAAUAUGAGAUGGUAUCUUGACACAGCUGGUAUGAAGAGAUCCUGUGCAUAUCUGAUUAAUGGCUUUGUAAUAUUCUUUGCAUGGCUGGUUGCUCGCAUUCUGCUGUUUGGUUACACAUUCUAUCACGUUUACCUGCACUAUGAUCAGGUAAUUAAGAUGCAUGUAAUAGGAUAUAUUUUGGUAUUUGGAGUGCCGACCAUGCUAGGGAUAAUGAACUUAAUGUGGUUCGGGAAGAUCGUGAAGGGAUUAAUGAAGACGAUAUCGAAAAGGCGAUGAGAAACAUGUUCUUGUGGUUCAUAUCAAUCUGCAAAUGGGUUGAGGAGGAAAAGGGAUUUGAUGCUAUGCAGUGUGUUGUAAAUGGCUCAUAAUGACUUUAAAUUCGUUGAGGCAUUUUUAGUGUCUUCUUCCUCUUGUCAGUUCUGUGUGCCAAUUCAUUCUUUCUGUAUAGUUCUUGUCUCUCUUUUUCCUGAAAUGUAUGGAAGAAAUGUGAUGAUACCGUUGCAAUUCUUUUGUGUUCAGAUAUAUUUACGAUCUCGGUUUGGUUU